GGCGGAAUCGACCUUCAUUCGGUGAUUCGGUAUGUGGAAUAACGAAGUACGGGUCAACUACCUUAGAUAGGGUAAGCUAUAAAUCCCCAAUUCCUUGCAAUGAUACCGGCAACUCGGGAAUGGUGUUCUGCGCUGGAAUUAUAACCUACUUGUUUCACUCUUAACAAUAUGCGAGUUUCUCAGACCUUGGGCGUUGCCCUUAGUGUCCUGAGCAGCGCUACAGCCAAGGACCUCUACGUCUCCCCAACAGGCAAAGGCUCAGGGACACUUGAAAACCCCUACGGAUCUAUCCAGUCGGCCGUCGACGCCGCUGCCGCUGGCGACACUAUUUUCCUUCGAGAAGGCACAUAUGCACCGUCCGCCAACAUUCAGGUCGGUAAGAGCGGAAGCAGGACAGCUCCCAUCUCAGUCCGCCCCUACCAGAAUGAGAAGGUGAUUAUCGAUGGGGAUAACAUGCCUGGAACCCCCAAGGAGCUCGACGAAUCACUGCCCAAUCCCGAGCGAGGAAUCUUCCAUAUCCAAGACGCCGAAUACUGGGCCUUCUACAACCUCGAGUUGAUUAACGGGCCCUAUGGAAUCUACGCCCGUGAUGCCUCUCACAACUACUACGAGGGGCUCUCGACGCACGACAACUACGAGACAGGCUUCCAACUCGAAGGGGCCUCCUCCAACAACACAGUCGUGAACCUCGACUCGUACCGCAACCGGGAUCCCCGCAAGAACGGCGAGAGCGCCGACGGGUUCGCCUGCAAGAGCGGCUCGGGCGAGGGCAACGUGCUCCGCAACGCCCGGCUCUGGGACAACGUCGACGACGGCCUCGACCUGUUCAUGUUCGGCUCCCCCGUCGUCAUGGAGGAGGUCUACGCCUGGGGCAACGGCUACAACCGGUGGGGGUUCACCCCCUUCGAGGGCGACGGCAACGGUUUCAAGCUCGGCAUCACCGACAACCCGCCCGCCAACCACGUCGUCCGCAACUGCAUGGCCUUUGCCAACUACAAGAAGGGCUUCAUCGACAACGGCAACCCGGGCUCGCUGACGUUCGAGCGCAACACGGCGUGGAACAACGGGGACGUGGGCUUCAACAUGCGCAGCUCGUCGUCUGUCCUACGGGGAAACAUCGCCGUGUCCAACGUCGGCAGCGCGCAGGUCAGUCUCAUCGACGACGUCUCUGCGUCGGGCAACUCCUGGCAGUCGGGCUCCUGGUCCAACAGCUCGUUCGCGAGCACGGAUCCCGCCACGCUCGAGGGCGCCCGUGGUUCGAAUGGCAAGGUCCAGCCGAGCGACUUUCUGCUGCCGACAUCGGGCGAUGCCAUUGGGGCGACCACGCAAGAAGAGGUCUGA